AUGAUAUGGUUGAGUGUCUAUGGCUCAGAAUCGGGGAAGCCCAACAAGGCUGAUGUUGUGGUGGGAGUCUGUUAUAGACCACUCAAUCAGGACAGAGAGGCUGCUGAACGCCUCGCUGAGGUGUUCCUCACCGAGGGCGGGCACGCUGUCGACGGCGGCCCGCUACCGAGGCCGGCCCCGGGACAGGCCUUGACAGCCACCGGGGCCCCGGCACCCCUCACCGCCCCGGGUCGGGGGGGCGGGCAGGGGAAGGGAGCACCUUACCGCCCCGGGGGGAAGGAAGCGGGGGAGCACCGCAGCGCCCGUGAGUUAGCAAAUAAAUACUGGGCUCCACAUGUGAAGAAAAAAUUGUCUUUUGAUUCAAAGGUUAUUGAAGAUGUAUAUACAAAAGAAAUUGUCAGGUCAAAGUUUGCUAUUAGAAAGAUAAUGCUUCUUGAAUUCAGCCAGUACCUUGAAAAUUACCUAUGGAUGAAUUAUUCUCCAGAGGUGUCCAGUAAGGCAUAUUUAAUGUCAAUCUGCUGUAUGGUGAAUGAGAAGUUCAGAGAGAAUGUCCCUGCGUGGGAGACAUUCAAAAAAAAACCAGAACACUUUCCCUUCUUUUUCAAAUGCAUACUGGAAGCAUCGCUGGUUGAAAAUGACAGUGAAUACUCUCUGCAUGAACAGACAGUCUUGCUGCUUUUCCUUGAUCACUGCUUCAAUAGUUUGGAAGUGGAUUUGAUCAGAAGUCAGGUGCAGCAGCUCAUUUCCUUACCGAUGUGGAUGGCUCUACAACCUAAACGGCUGGAACAAGAGCUGAAAAAGACACCAAAACUAAGAAAAUUCUGGAAUCUAAUUAAGAAAAAUGAUGAGAAAAUGGAUGAGGAGGCAAGAAUGCGAGCAUACCGGGAGAGAAGAUUUCUUUCACAGCUCAUUCAGAAAUUCAUUUCUGUGCUAAAAUCAAUACCUGUCUCAGGUCCUAUUUCUAUGGACAAAGUUCAUUAUUGUGAAAGAUUCAUUGAACUCAUGCUAGAUCUUGAGGCUUUGCUUCCCACACGGCGCUGGUUUAAUACAGUGUUGGAUGACUCCCAUCUCGUUGUUCACUGUUACCUGUCCAGCCUUGCUAAAAGAGAGAAGGAGGGUCAUCUCUUUUGCCAGCUUUUAGAUAUGCUUAAAUUCUACACUGGCUUUGAAAUCAACGAUCAGACUGGAAAUGCUUUGACAGAGAAUGAGAUGACAACAAUUCACUAUGACAGGAUUACUUCUUUACAGAGAGCAGCAUUUGCACAUUUCCCAGAAUUAUAUGACUUUGCACUCUCAAAUGUAGCUGCAGUAGAUACUCGUGAUUCACUGGUGAAGUUAUUUGGACCCCUUAGCUCAAACGUUCUCCACCAGGUGGCAUCAUACCUCUGCCUGCUGCCGCCCCUUCCUGACGGGGAAGACUCGAGUUAUGACAAGGAGUUUCUGCUGGAGUUGCUGGUUUCUCGGCAUGAGCGACGAAUAUCUCAAAUUCAGCAACUCAACCAGAUGCCACUUUAUCCCACAGAGAAGAUUAUUUGGGAUGAGAAUAUUGUACCAACUGAAUAUUAUUCUGGAGAAGGCUGUCUUGCACUUCCCAAAUUGAAUCUACAGUUUCUUACUCUUCAUGACUACCUGCUGAGGAACUUCAAUCUCUUCCGCUUAGAGUCUACCUACGAGAUCAGACAGGACAUCGAAGAUAGUGUCAGUAGGAUGAAACCAUGGUUAUCGGAAUAUGGAGGUGUGGUCUUUGGUGGAUGGGCUAGGAUGGCACAACCCAUUGUCUCUUUCACAGUGGUGGAGGUGGCAAAGCCCAAUAUUGGUGAAAACUGGCCCAUGCGAGUACGAGCAGAUGUUACAAUUAAUUUGAAUGUCCGAGAUAACAUCAAAGAUGAAUGGGAAGGUCUGCGUAAACAUGAUGUCUGCUUUUUGAUUACGGUACGUCCCACGCAACCUUAUGGCACCAAGUUUGACCGACGACGACCUUUUGUUGAGCAAACUGGUCUGGUGUAUGUCAGAGGCUGCGAAAUCCAGGGCAUGUUGGAUGAGAAAGGUCGUGUUAUUGAAGAAGGACCUGAACCCAAACCAAGACUUAAAGGGGAUUGCAGAACAUACAGAGUAUUUCUGGACCCAAAUCAGUAUCAACAAGACAUGACCAAUACAAUCCAAAAUGGAGCAGAAGAUGUUUAUGAGACAUUUAAUAUAAUAAUGAGAAGAAAACCAAAAGAAAACAAUUUCAAGGCUGUUCUGGAGACAAUUAGGAAUUUGAUGAACACAGAUUGUGUGGUUCCUGACUGGCUGCAUGACAUCAUUCUCGGAUAUGGAGACCCAAGUAGUGCACACUAUUCGAAAAUGCCAAAUCAGAUUGCAACUCUGGAUUUUAAUGACACUUUCUUGUCCAUUGAUCACUUAAAAGCUAGCUUUCCUGGAUACAAUAUUAAAGUGACCGUUGACAAUCCACUUCUGCAAAUACCCCCCUUCAGGAUAACUUUCCCAAUAAAGGGCGGUAAAGGAAAGAAAAGAAAAGAAGAGGAUGGGAAUGAAGAAAAAGCUGAAGAAGCUAAAACACUGAUUGUAGAGCCUCAUGUCAUUCCAAACAGGGGACCAUAUCCAUAUAAUCAACCAAAACGUGUACUUGAGCCUAUAAAAACAUUAACUGUCAGUAUUACUUCUAUAUCGUCAGUGGUAGUGGGUCCACCUGGUACAGGAAAAACUGAUGUAGCAGUCCAGAUAAUAUCCAAUCUUUAUCAUAAUUUCCCAGAACAACGAACUCUUAUAGUUACCCACUCUAAUCAGGCCUUGAACCAGCUGUUUGAAAAAAUCAUGGCUUUAGACAUUGAUGAGCGCCACCUUCUGCGUCUGGGUCACGGAGAAGAGGAAUUGGAGACAGAGAAAGAUUUCAGCAGGUAUGGAAGAGUUAAUUAUGUGCUGGCUCGAAGACUUGAACUUCUACGAGAAGUUGGGCGAUUGCAAGAGAGUCUUGGAGUCCCGGGAGAUGUUUCUUACACUUGUGAAACAGCUGGCCACUUUUUCUUAUACCAAGUAAUGUCUCGUUGGGAGGAGUACAUCAGCAAAGUGAAAGUUAAAGGUGGAAAAUUGCCAGAUGUUACGGAUGUCUCCAGUUUCUUUCCUUUUCACCAGUAUUUUGCAAAUGCUCCUCAACCAAUUUUCAAAGGCAGAUCCUACGAAGAAGAUAUGGAAAUUGCUGAAGGGUGCUUUAGACAUGUUAAGAAAAUAUUCACUCAGCUUGAGGAAUUCAGAGCAUUUGAACUUCUCCGCAGUGGCCUGGAUAGAUCCAAAUACCUGUUGGUGAAAGAAGCAAAAAUCAUUGCCAUGACUUGUACUCAUGCUGCUCUGAAGCGACACGACCUGGUUGAAUUAGGUUUCAAGUAUGACAACAUCCUAAUGGAAGAGUCUGCUCAGAUUCUGGAGAUAGAAACCUUUAUACCUCUCCUGUUGCAGAACCCCCAGGAUGGCUUCAGUCGUUUGAAGCGAUGGAUUAUGAUUGGUGACCAUCAUCAGUUGCCACCAGUCAUUAAGAACAUGGCUUUUCAAAAAUACUCCAACAUGGAGCAGUCCCUUUUUACACGGUUUGUUCGUGUUGGAGUGCCAACUGUUGAUUUGGAUGCACAAGGGAGAGCAAGAGCAAGUUUAUGUAACCUCUACAACUGGCGUUACAAGAAUCUGGGUAACCUGCCUCACGUGCAACUUCUGCCAGAAUUCAGAACAGCCAAUGCUGGGUUUUUGUACGACUUCCAGCUGAUAAACGUAGAAGACUUCAAUGGUGUGGGAGAAUCUGAACCCAAUCCUUAUUUCUAUCAGAAUCUUGGUGAAGCGGAGUAUGUUGUAGCACUCUUCAUGUAUAUGUGCCUGCUUGGUUAUCCUGCAGACAAGAUAAGUAUCCUGACAACAUACAAUGGACAGAAACACCUGAUCCGUGAUGUCAUUAAUCAGCGGUGUGGAAAUAAUCCACUCAUUGGACGACCAAACAAGGUAACAACUGUCGACAGAUUUCAAGGUCAACAAAAUGAUUAUAUUCUCCUUUCACUAGUGCGUACCAAAGCUGUAGGCCACCUUAGGGAUGUCCGACGAUUGGUUGUUGCCAUGUCAAGAGCCAGGCUCGGGCUUUAUAUCUUUGCAAGGGUAUCGCUGUUUCAGAACUGUUUCGAGCUAACUCCAGCUUUCAGCCAACUCACAGCUCGACCACUUCACCUACAUAUCGUUCCCACAGAAUGUUUUCCAACAGCAAGACAGAAUGGAGAAAGACCAUCUCACCAAAUACACAUUAUUAAGAACAUGCCUCAAAUGGCUAACUUUGUGUACAAUAUGUAUAUGCACAUGAUACAGAGCACACGCCACUAUCAACAGCGUUUACUGCCCCCACCUGCCAUGACUGAAGAAACUGAAACUACUCAGUCUCAAGAGACUGAAGUAGAAGGUGAAGUGCAAGGCAUGCAGGAAGAUGCAGAAGAAGAAAAUAAGGUAGGGGAAGAAGUGAUAAAGGAAGGAGAAUUGAAAGUGGCCGAAGUGGAUGAACAUCGAACAAUGCCAGAACACCCUGGAAGAGACAGUGAUAGUGGAGACAGUGAACCUGAGAAUGAGACUGAAAAGUGAUCCACAUGAUGUUUGUCCUCUACAUGUUUGGGAAAACGGAUGGGGGAAAAAAAGCAGUUAAAUAUAACUGCUAUUUUUACAUUGACUUUUUUAAGUGGUUGCUUGCAUAAUGGGACCUGUUUCGUAUAUCUUUCACUGAAUACUUUGUGGACAAGCGAAAUGUUUGGCAAACAUUUUACUGAGUUCUUGUCAGUAUGAGUAAUGUAAUUUGUUUAAUGACUUCAAAUGAUACACAAUUCCCUUUUUAUAAGUUCUUCAGUAAAGAUGCUUUUUAUACCA